GGCAGGGAGAGCUGCAGGCACAACGGCAGUGACGUGUGAUGUGCCAGCACAGUGUGUACGAUCGUAUUAACUGCGGCUGUUUUAAUUUUGGAACAUUCGACGAAAUGCGAUCCGAAGUGUCACGGAAAGGGAGUGUAGCAUUUACAGUUUAAUUGUAGAAAUUUUUGUAGCCGUAAUUCCAGAAGAAAAUCAAAGCGUAUAAGACAAUAAUAAUAGGAUGUUUAAUUUCGUUUAAAAUCCUAUUGAACUGUGGGGGAACAUUCAGUUAUAACCGUGUUAUAGCGAUGCGUUUUGUUCGCAGUUCUAAUUAUAAUGUUGGAUUAAAUGUGAAAAUUCUGUAGACAGUUACAACCAAUAAUGUCCGUCUUAUUCCUAAUGUGUAAAGACUAACAGAAAUAUGUCAACUUUAAAGUAAAAAAAUUAAGUUUUUAGAUUAAUAUUUAAAUCUGUACAUUCUAGCAAGAGAGUUUUGAAAACGGCAUUCGGAACAGCAGACAGUCUCAGGACAGUGAACAUUAUAGUUUAAAUGUAUGAUUAUCGUGUGUAAAACAUUUAUCUUCCUAUAAUGGAACUUUAUAGUCACUCUGUGGUUUUCUUAAAUUCAGUUCCAGUAGAAGGCCUAGGUUAGUUUACUCUCUGUCAUGUUCACAUGCUAAUAUGUAACUUUCGUACAUCGGCAGACAACGUAUUGGUUGAAGUAAAGCUCUGUUACGUUUCGAACGACAUUAAACAAUGUGGCACGUGCUUCUGCUCCGAGAUGUAGUUUGUCCAACAUGCGAAAAGAACAGAGACAUUUAUCUCAUUCAUUUGUUCUUGGCUUCUCUACAAGCCCACGAAUCACGUUAGAUGUUUUGGGUUGCCAACUUUGGAUUGAUAACGAUAUUUACUGUGAUUCAAUAUGUACAACCACGCCUUUAUUGAUGUGCUCGUAAGGAGUGUGCCUCCUUGUCACUGAUAAUAUUUAAGCCUUGUUUGUUACAGUGUUUCAACAAUUCGCAACGAAAGAUAUUGCAUUUUUAUACAGGUAACGUGUUUCUUAUAUGGUGUACAUCGAGAAACGUAAAUUUAUGGUAUUUAUCACUAAAAGUUAGGCACUCAAAGGUUAUAAAUACAUCUUAAACUUAAGGUCCAUAAAUAACAAUUUGUUUUCUGUGUUUUAUUUUUAGAAGAACUUUGAUGUUUACUCGUUUUGUUGGAAGUAUAAGGAAACAAAGUUGUUCAGGACAGUGUAACCUUUUUUGUUAAAAAAAAGGAACGCCAAGAAAGAGGUUAAUGAAAGCACAGACUGUGGAAGAAGAGGAAGAGAGAAAAGCAACGACAAAUAAAACUAUGUGGACAAAAAACAGACGGAAAUAUCUGUUAUAAAAUUUUGUAUAUCUUGUUUAUAAAACAAACUUAACAUCAUAAAAAUCCUGCCUGAAACAGGCGAAGCUGAAAUAUUCUGUCUUUGACGAACUUUUUUAAAAAGCGUGUGCGAUGGAAGCUUACGGGUCAGGAAACGAAAACGACCUGCUAAUGCAGACAUCCAUACUGGCAGGCUUCUUGACGGAUACUGGCGUAAUAUCCAACACAGAUUCAGUAGUAACAUCUAAUGGCAACGAUAGUUUCGCUGUAUCAACUGUCAACACUAGUGUGGCAAGGGAUGCCAGUGAAGAACUUUUUGAAGGUUACUCGGCUGCCUUGCUGCACUUCGCAUCGGCCUGCUGCAUCAUUUUCAUCCUCGUGGGAAUCCCCGGCAACCUUAUCACUAUCAUCGCCCUCUUCCGAUGUAAAAAGGUGAGGUACGCCAGUGCCCUUACUGUGUACGGCACUGAAAAUACGAGCAUAGCUGCUGCAAUGAACCGUAAGCGUUGAAUUUUUCAACUAUGAGUGCGUCCACGUGCUGGUUCCAUGUACCCUACACACAGAGAAGCAGGAGGU